UCAGUCGUCUGCCAGCCCCCUUCUAGUGAGCAAUGCUUCAUCGCGCCCCCUUUCUUGCUGCUCUUGCGCUAAUCUGUACCAGCCAUGUGGCUGUGGGACUGAGCAUAACAGUGCCGGGAACAAAGUGGUGCGGUCCCGGCAACAUAGCCACCAGCUAUGACGAUCUCGGCACUGAGCGGGAGGUGGACAUUUGCUGUCGGGCGCACGACAACUGUGAGGAGAAGAUUCCGCCACAAGAAGAAGCCUUUGGUCUGCGGAACGACGGAGUUUUCCCCAUAUUCUCCUGCGCCUGCGAGGCUGCCUUCCGCAGCUGUCUCACCGCCCUGCGCAACGGGCACUCCCUGACUCUCGGCAAGAUCUACUUCAGUACCAAGGACGUAUGCUUUGGCUACGGACACCCCAUCGUCUCCUGCCGGGAGAAGCAGGCGGACCUGUUCGAGACGCGAUGUCUCAGCUACCGACUGGACGAAGGUCAGCCGCAGCGCUGGCAGUUCUACGACUUGGCACUCUACACACACGUCAGCGGCAGUGAGGAGGACUCCUAAAAUUGAGCUUUGACAUCCGGCGAUAACCCCUUGACUGUUUACAAACGAUUGUACUGAAAUGGAAGCUGAUCAUGAUUAGGAUUAUGAAGGUGGGAGUAUUGUGUAAUCAAUUUGUAAUAAUAUACUUGUUUGUCUGGGUUAAGAAACACUACAUAUGAAAAUUUUCUGUUCGUGUUUUUAAAACACUAGGUCAAUAAAAUAUUACUAAAACGUUGGGA